CGGCCCGGCGGCGACGGCUGCGUGUUUCCGGAAGACGUGGCGGCUCGGGCCCGUGCGGCGUCGCCGAGGCUCUUCUCCGAACUAGGCUUCGCAGCGUGGGCCCCGAGGCACCGCGGUCCUCGCCGCCGCCGCCAUGAUCUCCCUCACGGAUACGCAGAAAAUUGGCAUGGGCUUAACAGGAUUUGGAGUGUUUUUCCUGUUCUUUGGAAUGAUUCUCUUUUUUGACAAAGCGCUCCUGGCUAUUGGAAAUGUCCUGUUUGUGGCUGGUUUGGCUUUUGUCAUUGGUCUAGAAAGAACGUUCAGAUUCUUUUUCCAGAAGCACAAAGUGAAAGCCACUGGAUUUUUCUUGGGUGGUGUGUUCGUGGUCCUUAUUGGUUGGCCUUUAAUAGGCAUGAUCUUCGAAAUUUAUGGAUUCUUUCUCUUAUUCAGGGGCUUUUUUCCAGUGGUCGUUGGCUUUAUCAGAAGAGUACCUGUCCUCGGAUCCCUCCUAAACCUACCUGGAAUCAGAUCAUUCGUAGACAAAGUUGGAGAAAGCAACAAUAUGGUAUAACAACAAAGGAACUGAAGAACUUAAAUACUGUAUUAUUUAUAAAGCCCUUUUGAAGAAUAUUCAGCACAAAAUUAAAUUUCACGAACUAGUGUGUAAAGUUCUUUACAGAAGUUUAAAAUGUCUGCCCUCCAGAGUCCCAACAGCUGUGGCAGAAGCAGCGGAAGGCUUGUGAGGCCUGAGAUCCGAAGAUGGAGGGAGAGGAUGAAACCUAUUCCGACGCUUAGUGACUUGAGAAAGCUGUUUCUUAGUCUUGCUGCAAUAUGGGAAGCAGCCGUUCGUAGAGAACCAUGGUGUCUGUUACUUUUUUUUUUUUUUUUUUUUAAAGAAGAUUCAGGAACACCAAUAGGCAUUUGAUUUUUUUAUGAUGUCCAUUGUGGUGGCCCAGAUAUAUCUAGGCAUGCUGGAUUUCUAAUAAUGAUGCCGGGAUUGGAUUGGAUUAUGUCGUCUCCACUUAUCAGCCCAAGGAAGCCCAGUUUCAUGAGUGAAUCACUUUUUUUGUAAACAUGGAUAAAAUAAAACUUUUGUGGUCC